AUGAGGGUAGGGAUAUAUGGGCUUGGUUAUGAUGAGUUCAUUCUUGAUUACAAGGUGGUAGGAUUCUUUCGUGGCACAAGUCGUUUGGUUCCCCAAGUGAAGGUCUAUACAUCAAGGACUGAUACUUGGAGAAGGAUUCAGGACUUCUCCUGGGAGAAACCUCUGGAAUCUGGUAAAUUUGCAAACGAAGCUCUCCAUUGGUCUGUUGGAGUCAGUACCGGAUCAAAUUAUUCUUGGGUGAUUGUUUCCCUUGAUUUAGCGAAGGAGACAUACAAGGAGGUGGCACAACCUAAGUUCGGAGAUGGUGUUUGCAGAGAUGAUGCUAACCAUCGUCUUUAUGGAGAUGAUCCCGGGUUUUAUCAGUACUCAGUACCAUUGUGCGUCUCUAUGAAUGGUGAAAUUUUGUUGGAAAUCAGAUUAUCUUUAGAGUUAAAUGAUUCAAAAGAGAGUACAUUUAGGUAUCCUUCCAUUCCUAAUUUACAUUCUUUUCUCGAAGUGGAUACUUAUGUUGAGAGCCUUGUUUCACCUAGUGCCGACAAUGAGCUUCAGGAGUCCCAUUAA